AUGAAAAUUAUAUCAAAUAAAUAUGAUGAAUUGAUUACAAAUUAUGAAGUUUUAAACUUGUUAAAACAUAAGAGAAAAAUAAAAGGACAAGCGUUACUCAAUGAAUUCGUGUCGAGUGUGGUUGGCUAUCUUGAGACUACACCGGCUGCCAAACAAACAGAUGAAAUCGUAAAGGAGACAAAAGAACUAUGCAAACAAAACAAGCUUACAAAGGCAGAGACUCUUCAAAUCAUUAAUUUAGCACCGACAACCGAGGUCGAAAUACAUCUUAUUGUAGAGGAAGCAGUAGAAAGAUUAGAUCCAGUAGCAUUCACCGAUGAUGUUAGAUUUACAAUGGAGAAAGAUUUAAAUUUACAAACGACAACAACAACUACAACACCACCAACAGAAAAUGGAAAUGUUUAA